AUGGCAGCCUCCGAGCCCACCUUGGUGAUGGGGCGGGGCGCCCGACUAGCGUCACCAGGACAACGGGCGUCGCCGGCGCCGUGUGACUCGCAGCUGUGGGCGCGCUCGCGGCUCUUCGGCCAUGGUGAGUCUGGGGCCCGUGCUGGCCCGGCAGCCCCGCCCUCUCCCGCCCGGACCGGGUCCCCGCGCGGCCUCCUGUUAGGGGCAGGCGGGCAGUGCUGGGGUCGCGUAGAGACCCGGCCGCGGCCUGCGGGACUGUUGGGUUGGGCUGGGCAGGGCACGGCUGGGCGGGCCCCGGGGAGAGACACCCUGGGUGAUCCGGAGCGCCCUCCUGCCCGGGGGGCGACCGCGACGCAGCCUUCUCUGCUGCUGGUUGGUUCACAGCCCGGACCCCCACCGAGUGGGCCGCCGGAUGGCGUGAUGCUUUUUGGCUCGAGGGAGUCCGAAAAGCCACCCAGGGAGGGACAUUUUCAUAACGUCCCUUUUUUUUCUUUCCAGGUUUUCUCAAACAAUGAUGAAGGUCUUAUUAACAAAAAGUUACCCAAAGAACUUCUCUUAAGAAUAUUUUCCUUCUUGGAUAUAGUAACUUUGUGCCGAUGUGCACAGAUUUCCAAGGCUUGGAACAUCUUAGCUCUGGAUGGAAGCAACUGGCAAAGAAUAGAUCUUUUUAACUUUCAAACAGAUGUAGAGGGUCGAGUGGUGGAAAAUAUCUCUAAGCGAUGUGGUGGAUUUCUGAGGAAGCUCAGCCUGCGAGGCUGCAUUGGUGUCGGGGAUUCCUCUUUGAAGACCUUUGCACAGAACUGCCGAAACAUUGAACACUUAAACCUAAAUGGGUGUACAAAAAUCACAGACAGCACGUGUUAUAGCCUUAGCAGAUUCUGUUCCAAGCUGAAACACCUGGAUCUGACCUCCUGUGUGUCUAUUACAAACAGCUCCUUAAAGGGAAUCAGUGAGGGCUGCCGUAACCUGGAAUACCUGAACCUCUCUUGGUGUGAUCAGAUCACGAAGGAUGGCAUUGAGGCACUGGUGCGAGGUUGUCGAGGCCUGAAAGCCCUGCUCCUGAGGGGCUGCACACAGUUAGAAGACGAAGCUCUGAAACACAUUCAGAAUUACUGCCAUGAGCUUGUGAGCCUCAAUUUACAGUCCUGCUCACGCGUCACCGAUGAAGGCGUGGUGCAGCUGUGCAGGGGCUGCCACCGCCUGCAGGCCCUCUGCCUUUCGGGUUGCGGCAACCUCACGGAUGCCUCUCUUACAGCCCUGGGUUUGAACUGCCCGAGACUGCAGAUUUUGGAAGCUGCCCGGUGCUCCCAUUUGACUGACGCAGGCUUUACACUUUUAGCUCGGAAUUGCCAUGACCUGGAAAAGAUGGAUCUUGAAGAAUGCAUCCUGAUAACCGACAGCACACUCAUCCAGCUCUCCAUUCACUGUCCGAAACUGCAAGCCCUGAGCCUGUCCCACUGUGAGCUCAUCACAGAUGAUGGGAUCCUGCACCUGAGCAACAGCACCUGUGGCCAUGAGAGGCUGCGGGUACUGGAGUUGGACAACUGCCUACUCAUCACUGAUGUGGCACUGGAACAUCUAGAGAACUGCCGUGGUCUGGAGCGCCUGGAACUGUACGACUGCCAGCAGGUUACCCGCACAGGCAUCAAGCGGAUGCGGGCUCAGCUCCCUCAUGUCAAAGUCCAUGCCUACUUCGCUCCUGUCACCCCACCAACAGCAGUGGCAGGAAGUGGACAGCGACUAUGCAGAUGCUGUAUUAUUCUCUGA